AUGGCUCCCCCUCCGCCCGCCAAUGUCCCUCUGACCCAGAGGCUCCUGCUUCUCGCCCAGACCCUGCAAUUUGCUUGGUUUGCCGGAUAUGGCCUUUCCUAUUUCACCUUCAACUACUACAGCCGAGUCGCCCGCUUUAGCUAUCGCCUCACUUUCCUCUCUGCCGCCCUGACGUACGGUAUCGUCGUCUACAAGACGCUCAGGGCCCGCAGCAAGGCCGGGGCAAAGGCGCCCACCAGCCCUCUGGCUCUGGCUGCUGAUGAGAACGUUCAGUACCUGGUCAUGUCCCUCGUCUGGCUUCUGUCUCCGCAGUACCCCCUGGCGAUGCUCCCUUACGCCAUUUACUCGGUCUUCCACGUCGCGACCUACACACGCGCCAAUGUGAUCCCCACCAUCACCCCUCCCAAGCCCAUCGAGCCUGCUACUGGUGCCUCUCCCAGCGGCAAGCCCCAGUACGCGCACAACCCGAUCGCCGACAGAAUUGGCGCUUUCGUCAAGGAGUACUACGACGCCUCCAUGUCUGUGGUGUCCUCGCUCGAGAUCUCUCUUUGGGUUCGCCUCCUGGUCUCCGCCAUCACCUUCCAGCGCCGCUCCUGGAUCUUGAUUGCCAUCUACACAGCAUUCCUUCGUGCGCGCUUCUCCCAGAGCACCCACGUUCAAAACUCGCUUGCUGUCUUCGAGUCCCGCGUUGACUCGGCCGUCGGCAACCAGGGAACCCCUCCCGCUGCUCGCCAGGCCUGGGAGACGGUCAAGGGAGGCGCGCGCCAGUUCUACGCCUACACCGACCCCAACCGGUACAUUGGUGGUGCCUCUGUCCCCAAGAAGACCUCGUAA